UAUAAGAAGAAAGCAGAGUAGGAAAUACCCCAGCUGAAAUCCUUCCUCCUCCCCCAUAAUAUGGAGAUUGGAAGACCCUCUUCUUCACCAUUCAUAAGCCUAGGCAGCUUCAUCGUUCUAGUUUUGAUGGUUUUCCAUCUUCAAACUAGCUAUGCAAAACGUCAUAAUCAUCAUCUUUGCCCUGCAUCUUCAUGUGGAAAUAUACCCAAUAUAAGCUACCCUUUUCGGCUCCUAACCGAUCCACCAGAAUGCGGGAAGAGAAGGUACGAACUAUCUUGCGAGAAUAACAACCGUUCUACUAUCUUAUACUUGUAUUCAGGAAAAUACUAUGUCCAGGAUAUCAAUUACGAUAACUACACAAUUCGACUGGCGGAUUUCAAUAUUGACAAGGCUAAUUGCUCCUCGGUACCUCCUUAUUCUUUGUUCAAGUAUAACUUCAGUUACGGAGAUCCAUAUUUAAUUACGAUGGAUACAGAUAGUGAAUCAUAUUCACUCUCAGAAGCUAUAACAUUCGUCAUGUGUGAACAUCCAGUUGAGUCUCCUCUAUACAUACCCACUGAUCCAUGCAUUAAUAGUACUGUUGCUGCUAGUACUACCUUAUCCAAAGAGGAAUAUUACUCUUAUGUGAAGGUUGGGGGAACAAAUACGUCCGAGUUAGAAGAUUCUUGCCGUAUAGACCAGAUGGUUAUGAUCACAUCAAGACCGCAGAAAAUUAUUUGGGAAAACAGCAGCACCAACAUUUCCUACAGAGACGUACACAAUCAACUUGUAUACGGCUUUGAGCUUUCAUGGUUGCCAAGUUCCUACAGAGACGUACACAAUCAACUUGUAUACAGUGAGCAUUUCUAUGACCAUGGUGCCGACAAGGUGGACAAUUUAGGCGAUGAAUGGAAUCCUCCGACCGUUGUUCAAAUUUGCUUGCUCGUCCCAGGCAUGCUCCUAUGGAUCGCUUUGUUCAUCGGAACUCCAUCAGUAAUUACAUUUAUCUGCACUUGGAGAAGGCAACAUUUAUCAAUGUAUGACGUUAUCGAAGAAUUCUUACAAACUAACAAAGAUCUUAUGCCUGUAAGGUAUUCGUACUCUGAUAUUAGAAAGAUGACUAAGGGUUUCAAGGACAAACUUGGUGAAGGAGGUUAUGGUUCUGUCUAUAAAGGAAAGCUUCGUAGUGGACGUUUUGUAGCAAUCAAGAUGUUAGAGAAAUCGAAGGCUAAUGGGCAAGAUUUCAUCAAUGAAGUUUCUACCAUUGGAAGGAUUCACCAUGUCAAUGUCGUGCAGCUCGUUGGUUUUUGUGUUAAAGGAUCAAAACGUGCUCUUGUAUACCGUUUUAUGCCUAAUGGAUCUCUUGACAAAUAUCUUUUUUCUCAAGAAGUCAGCCCCUUAGAUUGCAAGAGAAUGUGUGAAAUCUCAUGUGGAGUGGCUCGUGGUAUUGAAUAUCUUCAUCGAGGAUGCAACAUGCAAAUUCUACAUUUUGAUAUUAAGCCGCACAACAUUCUUUUGGAUGAGAAUUUUAUUCCAAAGGUUUCUGAUUUUGGGCUUGCAAGAUUAUCCCCAUUAGGCAAUAGCAUUGUCUCUCUUACCGCAGUAAGAGGAACCAUGGGAUACAUAGCUCCAGAGUUGGUUUACAAGAAUAUUGGCGUAGUUUCAAAUAAAGCAGAUGUUUAUAGUUUCGGAAUGCUAUUGAUGGAAAUGGCUAGUAGAAGAAAGAAUUUGAAUGCAGGUGCAGAUCAUACAAGUCAAAUUUACUUUCCUUCAUGGAUUUAUGAUCAAUUCAAGGAAGGAAAUGAGGUUGAAAUGGGAGAUGCAACAAAAGAUGAAUCAAAAAUAAGAAAGAAGAUGAUUAUAGUUGCAUUUUGGUGUAUACAGAUGAAUCCAAAUGAUCGACCAACAAUGAGCAGAGUCAAAAAGAUGCUUGAAGGAGAUGUUGAUAGCCUGCAAAUGCCUCCAAAGCCUUUUGUAUGUCCACAAGAAAAGCCUAUACAACCUGUAAAUGAUGAAGUGGAAAAAUCAGAUUCAAGAUACUCAACAAUGGCUUCAUAUCAUGAGGACUCCGAAGAGAUUAGUCAAAUUAUACAAUCUAGUUAACGUCCAAUAAUGGUAGGUUUGUUGUUUUCACAUUUACUAAGACAAAUAUAUGCUUUUAUGCCCUUGUUUUAGAAACAAAUUCUCAUUUACGAUGCCAUGAGAAUCUAUAUUAAGUUAGUCUUUUCCUUUCUAGAAGCAAAGUAAUUUGUAUGUUGGGGGAUGAUUCUGAUUGGUCUAAUAAAAAUAGACCACGAACAUAAGACAACAAGAAUGAUCAUAAAAAUUGCACUUAUUGUUUAUAAAGAUCAUUAUUUUAAUGUUUCAAUAUGUACUUCAAAAUUAAAAAAAGUAAAAAAUUCUGUA